ACUGCUCACCAUCACCAUCUUGCGCCUUUUAAACGAACAAUUGGCGGAAAAAAACGUCCUUCCUUCCCGCUGCAGCUUCUAUCGAGACGCGCAUCGCAGCACCAACCUGCAGAACGCAGCGCCAGUUUAAACGCACAGCAUCAGCGGUGGCAUGAAUUCUGUCUGAUCAUAUCAGCGGAUCUUUCGGUCGUUUGUGUUGACUUUUAGACCAGAUUCAUUCAACUGAACACAACUAGUUUAUUGUCAACAAUCAAAAAUAUCACCUGUAAAAUGGAUUGUUCUUCUGAGGAGGUGCAGUUGCUUUCGGAUGAAGCCACCACUCCAGUGGAAUUGAAAAAAGGAAUGUCCAUAUUUCUGGAUAUCUUAAGAAGAGCAGAUAAAAACGAUGAUGGGAAGUUGUCAUUUGAUGAGUUCAGAGCCUACUUCCAUGACGGAGUUCUAACCUCGGAUCAACUGAAGGAGCUCUUUAACACCAUAGACACUCACAACACAGACAAUGUGGACACUGACGAGCUGUGUGACUACUUCUCCCAGCACCUUGGUGAAUAUGAGAAGGUCCUGGCAGCCCUGGAGGACCUCAACAGGACGAUACUGAAGGCUAUGGACAAGACUAAGAAGGUAUGUCAACUCUAG